ACCAGCCCACCCAGCCAGUUCCCACCAGCCGGUCCUCUGCCUCCGCCGCCGCCGACCAUCUCCCUCGGCGCGGGACAGGAUGCCCAGGCGCCCUCUCCUCCUCCCCCUGAACACCGCCGCGCCUUGGCUGCCCCUCCCCUGAACAGGUAGCUAGCAGCUGCGACACCCUGUCCAGACCCUCCUCUCUCCCCGCCGUCCGGCUGACCACACUCGCGCACCAUGGACGCCGACGACGUGCCCAAUCCAGAAGAACAGCGGUUGCUGAAACCUCAUAAUAUUCUGCAGAAAUUGGCAGGCCCGAGGAGGAGGAAGGUUCGGCCAAGUAUGUUGCCUCAGCUCACGUGCAUAAGUAGCGCUUAAUGUUCCCUGCACACAUUAUGCCUUUGAAAUCGGCCUAAUCAAUAAGUGCACGAACCUAAUCAAUAAGUGUUUGGCAAGACGGCUGCUGAAACGACCCCCUCUCAAUCAUCUACAGAAAUUCACGGCCAAAGGAAGCUUCAACCAUGGCUGACGUGGGUGCUAGCUUGCACGAAGAAGAAUUAUCAGACUGGAUGUCACAGCUGUUCGAGAAAUUGGACUUGGAGGUGUAUGAGGAUAGCAUUUCCACUGGGAAGAUGGCUCAAGUAGGGACAUAUCCCAUUACAGAGGGGGGUAUUUCCUCUGAAAUCCACGGGAAAUCACAAGGAAAAGAUUCGACCAUGGAUUUGGAUGGCUUGCAUGAAGAAGAUCUGUCAUCAGAUUGGAUCUCGCUGCUGUUUGGCAAGUCAGGCUUGGAGGCAAAUGAGGAUAGUAUUCGUUCCAAAGGUAAAGUGGCGCAAGUAGAGACACCUCCACUGGUGGAGGGGGGUAUUUUUUCCGAGAUUGACAGAUCCUCGGAGAAGGAUUCGACCAUGACCAAGGCAAAGAAAGGAGAUUUGUUUGAUGAUGAUGAAGAUGAAUAUGUAGAUUGGAUAAUAAAGAUAUUGAAGAGUGGGGGGCAUGAUGAUAUCUUAUCCCGCUAUAUCCCAGAUGAAGGAGAAAAACAUGUCGCACAUUAUGAUGUGCCAGAUGAGUUCUAUGAUCCUAUUGAAAUGGACAAUGCCACAAUGGACAAUUGCAAGAGUAUGAAUAGAGUUUCUAAGAAAGAAACAAUUAAUAAUGGAAUCAAAUGGAUGAGGCAUCAAGCACAGGUUUGGUGAGCUUUGCUAUCAAUGUUUAAGUGUAGAAGCUCAUGACAAGAUUUUUCAUCACUACAACUUCACUAUUGAGACAGAGCAUAGAAGUACUGAUGUUUUGACUUCACAACUUUAUUUUGCUGAAGUAAAGCAACUGUCUGGUGUUAAGUCAUAUUUCUGCUGCCCGCUGGACCGAAGUGAUGAAGGUCACUGCUAUGGAUGCAAGAACCAGGACAUGUAUGACCUAAAGCAUCCUAGUACGGGUUGUUACGAGGUAGGAGCUGCUGAUAUAUGUUGGCCUUUUAUAGAUGACAUUGACUCUGACAGUGAUGGCGAUGAUGAUUGUGGUGCCCUUGGCUGUUGACAAGUUGCUGCAUACCAUCAGACUGUUCUACAUGGAUUCGAUGUGGAUCAACCAAGAAAUCUGGUGAAGAGCGUGACCACACAAUAGAUAGAGGCAGAGGAAUGUGUGACUUGUAUCCCUAUUGUUGUAUCAGGCUGUUGUUCUAUAGAGAGCAGGCUUGCUAGAUCUGUUUGUUAGCCAUUUUGCUUGGUGUACUUAUUCUUAUUCUUGAGGUGGCUAGUAUUACAGUAUGCUAGCUAGACAAGUGAUAGGGACCGAGCCGUAGCUCGGGUGGCGGGACCUCCGGGUGUGGAGGCCGCCGGUCACGGUUCGAGCGCGCUCGAACUCGUGAUUUUCCCACCGGGAACAGUAGUUCCCUGUUGUUUAGUCUCCGCUUGGAUGGAUUCCAAGCGUUUGCCUCUCACGCGUGGUGCCACAAAGGGACUGCAACGCACCCGUUGCCUACGGAGUCUUGGAGGUUUCCGGUGAUUUCCAGAAGGACGCGGUCUUCAUAUCUGUGUGUAGUUGUAGGUCUGCUUGUACACGUGUGGUGUGAGUGUGGUGUGCGUGUGUAGGGUGGUGCGUGCGUGCGUGUAUGAACAGAUGCUACAGCUGUACCCAGAUGAGAGGCAUCAAAAAAAAAGCUAGACAAGUGAUAUU